CAACAGAAAUGUGCAUGCGUCAAUUUCCAAGUGCCAAAAUCCCCAGAUUGACGCGUGCGCACGACAAUCCCAUUCUUUGUCCACCAAACGGCAUUCCGGGGUGGAGACUGAGGUGCCUCGAUGCUACUGUCAUAACCCGACAAUAUUUACGAAGCUGUCAGACUUCAGAUGUUUGUGUUGCUCUUUCUGAACAGGGUAUGGGCUUCCUGGGAACCAGGGACCACUAAGUUAUGAAGCUCUUUCCUUCCAGACCUUCCCUGUACUCCAGUUACUGUCACAGCCUAAUCUUUACCCGCUGCUGCUCUCCCAACCACCAUCUCUGCUGUCCCAACCACCAUCUCUGCUCAGCCUGGUACUAGCAGCUUGACUCACUUCAUCACAAAGAAGAAAAAAAAGGAAAGAGAGAGGGAGAAGAGAUCCCUCCCCAGCUGCCAUCCAGACACACAUGGUGCAUAGCUGCCAUUCUCUAGGCUCCAUCUAUCCCCAUGACCUGGCCUCCAGCUAGCUCCUGGCACACAUGACAUAGCCUAGCCUAGCCCAGGGCCUGCCCAAGGGAUAUAAAUAGGCAGCAUCCAGCUAGUGUGUGGAGUGUGCACUUGUUUCCUUUUUUUCCUGGGUCAUACACACGCCUAGUAGGGGUCACACCCAUUUGUUUUCUGUCUUCCCUCUGCCUGGAGCAGUGGUAAUUAGUGGUGGGACCGAGGAGAGAGUGACGAGGCAGAGACCAUGGAGGUCAAUAUGGAGUAUUGUCUGGCCCAGGUGGUGCAGAAAGACCUGGGGCGGAAGGUGCAGGUGGGACAGGAGCUCAUAGAUUACAUCGCGGAUAAGGAGAAGUCCCAGGACCUGGAGCAAGACCAGACAGCUCUGGACAGGAUGGUGGACGGCAUCGCUACCACCUGGGUCAACUCCUCCAAUUUCAAGGUGGCUUUGCUAGGUAUAGACCUUUUAUCUGCCUUAGUGACAAGGUUACAGGACCGAUUUAGGAACCAUGUGGGAACAGUACUGGCCAGUCUGAUAGAUCGUCUGGGUGAUUCCAAAGACCAAGUCAGAGACCAAGAUCAAAUCCUGCUGCUGAAGAUCAUGGAGCAGGCUGCCUCCCCACAGUAUGUUUGGGACAGAAUGCUGGGAGGCUUCAAACACAAGAACAACAGGACCAGAGAGGGAGCGUGCCUUUGUCUCAUCUCAACUCUCAACAUGUACGGAGCCCAAGGCCUAACCCUCAGUAAAAUAGUCCCUCACAUAUGUAAUCUUCUAGGAGAUCCCACCAGUCAGGUGAGAGACGCAGCUAUGGGCUGCCUGGUGGAGAUCUACAGACACGUGGGGGAGAGGGUGAGGAUGGACCUUAGCAAGAAGGGCCUGCCACAGUCACGGUUGAAUGUAAUCUUCAGCCGAUUUGAUGAAGUCCAAAGAUCUGGGAACAUGAUCCCAUCCUCAGGUUCAGAUAAGAACUUUGAUGAUGAGGACUCUGUGGACGGGGGCCGGUCCUCCUCCUCUGCAUCGUCCUCCAAGGCGCCCCCCAGUGGUAGGAGGGCUGUAGCUGCGGCUUCUGUCCGCAGGCCCAGCUCUGCCACCGGACCCGGCAAGAUCUCUGCUAAAGAUGCUGCUGCAGGUGCUGUUGAUGAGGAGGACUUCAUCAAGGCUUUUGAAGAGGUUCCUACUAUCCAGAUCCACUCCAACAGAGAUAUGGAGGACAAUCUCUCCAAGGUUCGGGAGGUUCUAUCUGACGACAAAAACGACUGGGAGCACAGAGUCGUCGCCCUGAAGAAGGUGCGUUCUCUGCUCCUGGCUGGAGCGCUGGACUAUGAUAGUUUCCCUCAGCAGCUCCGUCUGCUGGAGGCCCCUCUCAAGCUGUCAGCUAAAGACCUGAGGUCCCAGGUGGUACGAGAGGCCUGCAUCACACUGGGAUACCUGUCCACGUUGCUGGGAAACAAGUUUGACCACUGUGCAGAGACCCUGAUGCCCACACUGCUCAACCUGGUGCCCAACAGUGCCAAGGUGAUGGCCACGUCUGGCAUGGCAGCCAUACGUCUCAUCCUCAGGCACACACACUACUCACGUCUCAUCCCCAUCAUCACUAGUAACUGCACGUCCAAAUCAGUGGCCGUCCGAAGGCGCAGUUAUGAGUUCCUAGAGCUGUUAUUACUGGAGUGGCAGACACACACACUGGAGAGGCACGUGGCUGUUCUGACUGAAACCAUCAAGAAAGGGAUCCAUGAUGCUGACUCAGAGGCCAGAUCGGUCGCGAGAAAGUGUUAUUGGGGUUUCCAUGGCCACUACAGCCGGGAGGCGGAGCAUCUGUUCCAGGCCCUGGAGUCAACCUAUCAGAAGGCUCUGCAGUCUCACCUGAAGAGUUCUGACAGUGUCGUGUCUCUCCCCCAAUCAGACCGCUCAUCCUCCUCCUCACAGGAGAGCCUCAAUCGGCCCCUGUCUGUCAAGAGUGCCAUAGGAGGCAGCAUGACAAGAGGUAAGAUGUUGAGUUCCAGGGUGAACUCCAACUCCGGCGGUUCCCUUCAGCGUUCCCGUAGUGAUGUCGACGUGAACGCCGCGGCCAGCGCCAAGUCACGCCUGAUCACCGUGCCCUCCGCUUCUCCCUUCAGCUCAGCAGCUACCCUGCCCCCAGGCUCCUACGCCUCACUAGAUGGCACACCCGGUAAAAUUGAUACUGGCCGUGUGCGUACGAGGAGAACAAGCUCCGGCAAUGCUGUCGGAGCCAGCGCUACUGUGACUGACAGCAGGGGGCGCAGCCGAGCCAAAAUGAUGUCCCAGUCCCAGCGAUCCAGAUCUGCUAACCCCACUGGGGGUGGUAAGGCCCGAACUUCAUCCAAUCAGACUGGCAGUCGCUCCAGUUCCCCAGGCAAGCUGCUGGGCCACUCGUCUGGGUACGGGAGGAUCAGCAGGCCCCCCUCAGCCUCCAGCACCCCUGCAGACAAGAGGAGCAAGGUCCCCCGCAGCCAGGGCUGCAGUAGAGAUUCCUCUCCCAACAGGCUGGGCCUAGCCAGGCUGUGUGGUAAAGCUCUUGUUCCUGGUACUCCUCUCUCCUCCUACCACACGCUAGCAAGGAGCCGUAUCCCCCGGCCCAGCAUGAGUCAGGGCUGCAGCAGGGACACAUCUAGGGAAAGCAGCCGAGACACCAGCCCUGCUCGGGGCUUCAAGCCUCUUGCCUCCCGACGUACCUCCCGCUCUACCAGCGCCUUAUCCACGGCUGACCCCCACAGCCAGUCAGACCGAUUUGGUUUGAUCCACCAGGCCCGCAUUUCUGCCUCGGUGAACGCCAUGAGAGUCCUCAACACUGGCACUGAGGUGGAGGCUGCUGUGGCUGACGCACUGUUAUUAGGAGACUCCAGAAAUAAGCGGAAGCCUAUGAGGCGGCGCUAUGAGUCUCCUGGUAUCUACUCUGACGAUGACGCUAACAGUGAUGCGUCCAGCGCCUGCUCGGAACGGUCGUACGGCUCCCGGAACGGAGGUAUCCCUCACUACCUGCGUCAGACAGAGGAUGUGGCAGAGGUACUCAACCACUGUGCCAGCUCCAAUUGGUCUGAGAGGAAGGAGGGACUGCUGGGACUGCAGAACCUGCUGAAGAGUCAAAGAAUACUCAGCCGGGUGGAGCUGAAGAGACUCUGUGAAAUCUUCACCAGGAUGUUCGCAGAUCCACACAGCAAGAGAGUGUUCAGUAUGUUUCUAGAGACUCUGGUAGACUUUAUCCUGGUGCACAGAGAGGACCUGCAGGACUGGCUGUUCGUCCUGCUCACCCAGCUACUGAAGAAGAUGGGAGCUGACCUGCUGGGGUCUGUCCAGGCCAAGGUUCAGAAGGCUCUGGACAUCACCAGGGAGUCUUUUCCGUUUGAUCAGCAGUUUAACAUCCUGAUGAGAUUCAUUGUGGAUCAGACACAGACACCCAACCUCAAGGUGAAGGUAGCCAUCCUGAAGUACAUAGAGUCACUGGGAAGACAGAUGGAUCCUACAGACUUUGUCAACUCCAGUGAAACGCGACUGGCUGUAUCUCGCAUCAUUACGUGGACCACAGAACCCAAGAGCUCUGACGUCAGGAAGACCCUUCAUAACUGGGUGGUGGAGGAGCUAUCAAGCAGGUCCGGUACUGCAGCCUUACUGGAGGGGCACCUGGAAGAGAGGUGUAAGCAGGCGGCCCAGGUGGUGCUGAUUUCUCUGUUUGAGCUGAACACCCCGGAGUUCACCAUGCUGCUGGGAGCCCUGCCCAAGACCUUCCAGGACGGGGCCACCAAGCUGCUCCACAACCACCUCAAGAACUCCAGCAACACCAGCAGCGUGAGUUCUCCCAGCAACACUAUUGGGCGGACCCCACCCCGCCACACCCCCAGCCGGACCAGCCCCCUCACCUCUCCAACCAACUGCUCCCAUGGCGGGCUGUCUCCGAGUCGGUUGUGGGGUGGGUGUUGGAGUGGCGAUGGGCUGUCUAAGCACCCCCCUCCCCCUCAUCCUCCUCCGCCUCCCUCCACCCCCUCUGGCCCCGCCCUCAGGGUCCUCCGCAGAGCGUACUCUCCCAGUAUGUUGGAGUAUGACACAGAGAACAUGAACUCUGAUGAGAUAUACAGCUCCCUGCGAGGGGUCACAGAGGCCAUCCAGAGUUUCAGCUAUCGCAGCCAGGAGGACCUCAACGAACCAAGAGGGAAGAGGGACGAUGCUGUGGGGCGUGAAGGUGUGGCGUCCUCCCCAGGCUCGGAUGCCCGUUUGGGGCUGGAUGUGGUGGAGGGUGGGCGUACGGCCUUGGAUAACAAGACCUCCCUCCUCAACACUCCGUCUCCCCGCUCCUUCUCCGGGCCGCGUGCCAGGGAGUUCGCCCCCUACGGCUAUGGGGACACCAUCACCUCAUCCUACGACAAGAGUGCCCUAAAGGAGGCCGUGUUCGACGAUGACGUGGAACAGUUCAGAGACUGCCGUCGGCAGGACGGCAGUGGUGAGAACAAGAUGGUGCUGCCUAAGGGCUUUGCUCCGGGUUCCCAGGACCACUCAGACCUUGUGGCAGAUCUUCUGAAGGAGCUGUCCAAUCACAACGAGCGUGUGGAUGAGCGUAAGGGGGCCUUGGUGGAGCUGCUGAAGAUCACACGAGAGGACAGCCUGGCCGUGUGGGACGAACACUUCAAGACCAUCCUCCUACUGCUCCUGGAGACACUGGGAGAUAAAGACCACACCAUCCGGGCCCUGGCUCUGCGGGUACUGAAGGAGAUCCUGAGAAACCAACCGGCCCGCUUCAAGAACUAUGCAGAACUCACCAUCAUGAAGACCCUGGAGGCACACAAAGACUCCCACAAGGAGGUGGUGCGGGCAGCGGAGGAGGCUGCCUCCACCCUAGCCGGCUCCAUCCACCCAGAGCAGUGUAUCAAGGUGCUGUGUCCCAUCGUCCAGACGGCUGACUACCCCAUCAACCUGGCUGCCAUCAAGAUGCAGACCAAGGUGAUCGAACGCAUCACCAAGGAGUCCCUCCACCAGCUGCUGCCUGACAUCAUACCAGGACUACUGCAGGGCUAUGACAACACGGAGAGUAGUGUUCGCAAAGCCAGUGUGUUCUGUCUGGUGGCCAUCUACUCCGUGAUUGGAGAAGAGCUCAAACCACACCUGCAGCUACUCACAGGCAGCAAGAUGAAGCUGCUGAACUUGUACAUCAAGAGGGCCCAGACGACCAACAGCAACAGCAGCAGUUCCUCGGAUGUGUCCUCACACAGCUAGCUGUAGGAGGGAUCUGCCUGUCUAUACUUUGCAUCUGAAUUAGGGGAUAUGGUGUGUGUCCUAAAUGGCAUCCUAUUCCCUAAAUAGGCCACUACAUUUGGGCUCUGGUCAAAAGUAGUGCACUAUAUAGUGAAUGUUAUGUCAUUUGGGACACAGUCAUACAGUAACAGUCAAAAGUUUGGACACACCUACUCAUUCAAUGGUUUGUCUUUAUUUUUACUAUUUUCUAUAUUGUAGAAUAAUAGUGAAGACAUCAAAACUAUGCAAUAACACAUAUGGAAUCAUGUAGUAACCAAAAAAGUGUUCAACAAAUCAAAAUUAAUUUUAGAUUGUUCAAAAUAGACACCUUUUGCCUUGAUGACAGCUUUGUACAUUCUUAGUAUUUUCUCAACCAGCUUCAUAAAGAAUGCUUUUCCAACAGUCUUGAAGGAGUUCCCACGUAUGCUGAGCACUUGUUGGCUGCUUUUCCUUCACUCUGUGGUCCAACUCAUCCCAAACCAUCUCAAUUGGGUUGAGGUCAUGUGAUUGUGGAGGCCAGGUCAAGUUCUUGAAAUUUUCCACAUUGACUGACCUUCAUGUCUUAAAGUAAGGAUGGACUGUCGUUUCUUUGAUGAUUAUAUUUGAGCCCAUAAUAUGGGCUUGGUCUUUUACCAAAUAGGGCUAUCUUCUGUAUACCAACCCUACCUUGUCACAACACAACUGAUUGGCACAAACGCAUUAUAAAGGAAAGAAAUUCCAGAAAUGUACUUUUAACAAGGCACA